CCAUAUUCAAUACCCAAUUCGAAGGUGAAGGUGAUGAUGGAAUUGGAAGUCCACGAGAACGACUUGAAAGCCGCCGGUGCUGAGCUCUUCGCCGCCGGUGGUCGGCGCGGCAUUCGCAUCAAUGGCUGGGUGAUCGAGACUCGGAGGCACUCCAUACUCAACUCUUCCACACUCCAAGAGUGAGUCAUCCUCGCAUCACACUUAACCCUAGCUCCUCUAAUUUGAAUUGUCGAGAGUUUAACAAAGCGUUUUUAUUAAGCUGGCCAUUGAUUUGUUGGAUGAGAAAUCCGAGAAUUUUGUUUUGAUGAUGAAUGUGUGUACCCUGCAGGUCAAACUCUCUUCCUACUCACUGCUAAGCUUUCUCAGGAACUAGUUCUCAAACACAAACCCAAUUAUUUUUUUUAUCAGCUUCACCGUUCAUUUCACUGUAAACUGCAUCAAUGUUCUUCAACUUUAAGGAAUCUGCAGUCAAAACAAUUAAACUCUCCUUUAAAUAUCAUUUUUUGCACAUCCAGAGAUACAGUUAUGUGAAUGUGUAUAUGAAGUGGAAAAAGGAUUCAUACUAUGACUCAAUUGAGCACAUCCACUACUCCGUUCAGCUCAAGCCUAUCAUUGCCCUCAAAAACUGCAUUGUCCGGGAUCCCAAUGGCUGCAUUCCUAUCUCUGCAGUGUCAAAGAGGGGAUUAGAGUUAGAUGUUCCCAUGAAGGUUGCAAGGUUUAUGAGGCAGUAUCCAUCCAUCUUUGAGGAGUUUACGGGUCCUGAAUACAAUCUUCCUUGGUUCAGGUUGACACCGGAAGUUGCCGAGAUUGACAGGGAUGAGAAGAGAGUAUAUGAAGAAUGUAGGGAGGACUUAAGGUCCAGGUUGAGGAAGAUGAUAUUGAUGACCAGAGAGCAUGUUCUACCUUUAAAGAUAAUUCAAGGGAUGCAGUGGUAUUUGGGGUUGCCUAGUGAUUUGCUGCAGCACCCGGAACAAAUUCUUGAUGAAUCUUUCAGGUUUGUAGAGAUGGAAGAUGGAUUGAAGGGGUUGGCUCUUGAAAGUGGAGAAAAGAUUUAUUCUGUAAUGGAGAGAAAUGCAAUGAAAAGUGGUUUUUACUCUGGGGGUCCAAUGGAAGCCAUUGAAUUUCCAUUUUUUCCAUCAAAGGGUUUAAGGUUGAGGAGGAAGAUUGAGAACUGGCUAAAUGAAUUUCAGAAGCUUCCAUAUAUUUCACCUUACGAUGAUUUUUCAAACUUGGAUCCAAACUCUGACAUAGCAGAUAAAAGACUUGUGGGAGUUCUUCACGAACUGCUUUCCCUUUUUGUCGAGCAUUCAGCCGAGAGGAAGAAGUUGUUUUGCCUCAAGAAGUAUUUUGGGUUGCCACAGAAAGUUCAUAGAGCGUUCGAGCGGCAUCCCCAUAUGUUUUAUCUAUCUUUCAGGAACAAAACUUGUACAGUCAUUCUAAAGGAAGCUUACAGCAAUAAAUCUGCUAUUGAGAAGCAUCCUCUGUUGAGGGUCAGGAAGAAAUACAUCAAGUUGAUGAAGAAAUCAGAAGUGAUUUUAAGGAACAGGAGGGUGAAUAAUCGAUUUUCUAAUAGUAAUGCAAAAUUGGAUAUCGAUUCAAAUGAUAUAGAUGAAAAGGGACAUGAGAUGGCAAGUUGCUCUUUGGAACAGGUUGCGUGAAAAUUUAUACCAGACCACUUAAGGUAAACAUGAAAUUUUUACCAACAGAGAAAGAAACAAGUAGCUGAUAAUAAGCAUAAGUUGAAAAUGGUAGCACCAGCACAUCUAGUGAUAUCGUAGCCUUGAGGUAUAACAUCAUAUUUAUUUUUUGGCGAGUCAUAACAUGUUUUCAAGCCUUUUCUAACUUGAUUACUUUUGUCCUGCUACCAUGUUGUAGAUAUGGUCUCUUUAUUGCCCUUGAAAUUGUGUAAUUCCGAUAUGCCUCAUAGUUGAAGUUGAUUGAUUUUGUUGUGUGACAUUCUUUAUUUUAAUCAAUAUGUCUUCUGUAGUUAAUGUGUUAAACUUGUGUUUGAUGAUCUUUGGUGAAGGUGAAGCUAUGAUCAGUCAUGGAUAGUUCGCAAACAAAAAUGUAUUACUGAGCUAUUUAGGUUAUUGUUUUUCUCCUGUCAUUGCUGGCUUUGUAUGAUUGAUGAACAUCUUAGGGAGAGCUUGGACAGUGGGAUAGUGGAAUUGUUUGGAAAAUAUUAUGAGAAAAUGGCCAAAGUUUA